AUGGCUGAAUCUGUUAUUUUGCAGUCCUCACACUGGGUCAGGAGCGCGCCGAUCUGCGCUUUUGGAGCGAAGUGCCAUGUUCCCACGCUGGCAGACGUCUUUGAACGCGUCAUCCAACAAUCGUCCAGGAUGCACAGCAUUUCCAGCGACCUGCAUGCUGAGUUUGAGCAGGACUCCUACCCCAGCAGGAAGCAGGUAGGAAAGUGGAAGUGUCACACACAUGACAUCCUGGCACCAGGAGACAAGAAGAAUGCACAAAGUCUUGGCAGAGAAGAGCUGACCCAGGUGAUCCUCAGGCUUCUGGGGGCCUGGAGGGACCCCCUGUUACAGCUGCACCAGAGCAUGAGACAGCAGCAGGAAGAGGACCAGGGGCCACACAGCUCCAAUAUGGCACUGGAGAUGAGUGACGUCAUCCAGGAGCUGAGGGCCGGAGUGUUGAAAAUGGCAGACAAGAUGAAGCUUCUGGGCGUGCUCAGUGGCAACACAGUAGCUCCCGCCCCCCCAGAGGGAGCGCUCCAUUCGUCUGGCUCCUACAAGAGAGGAGCGGCGAGCCCCGUGGACCACAACGACCUGCUCCAUUGCCUCAGCCGUGACUCGGACAAGGUGAAAAAUUACCAUCGCAUCCUGCAGUGCUCCACGCUGCCAGGACUGGAAUGUUAAGUGGCACGCUCAUCUCACUCGUUAGCUACUCAGCCGUGUAUGCAAAUAUAAUAAACAAAAAUGCAAGCUCG